CAAUGAGCGUUGGCUUUUCUGUAUGCACCAUAUGCACCACUAUGUACCACUAUGUACGAAUGACUGAAAUGGCGGUUGCUUUAUAAAUUAUAAAAUUAUUUACGAAAAAGUCGAAAAUUUAAUCGGUAAACGAUACUUGAAAGUAUCAGUCUCAAACCUGCUUGGCAUUUCUCGAAGAAGGAAUACAUUAGUCAUGUUGAAUACGAUGAAAACAUAUCUAAAAGAUUACGUACGUAAACGUAGUAAAAACGUGCGUUUAAACAAACCAGAGAACAAGAAACCUAUUUUAAAAACAUUGCCAGUUUUUCAGUAUCCGAUAAGCAAAACAGGAGAUCAAAGAGUUUAUGUUUGGGGUAUGGCAGAGCAUGGUGCUCUUGGAAUGAAAUCAAGCUUGACGUUUAAAGGUGUUUCUUAUAUCGCAAGACCAAAACGAUUAGCUUUCGGUGAAAAAGUUGAUGUGACCGAUGUAACUUGUGGUUAUGGUUUUACUGCGUUUGCUGUAAAAUCAACCGAUAAGAAUGUUCUGUAUGGAAGUGGAAUAAACACCGAUUCGCAACUUGGAUUCAACGAAAAAGAUAGAAAGUUCCCCAACGACUUGGUAGUAGAACCAAGGCCUAUUCCUUUGCCUCUCAAAAAUUCUUCCGCUGAUAUCAUAGAUAUGGCAGCUGGAAGGGCACACCUGUUGGUGCUGACCAAUGAAGGUUUAUUUACAUUAGGAAAUAACGCGUAUGGACAAUGCGGUCGGCCUAUAAUAACUGAUGAAAAUUAUAACAAAAGUAGAGUAGUUCAUCACAUACCUGAUAUUAAGGGCAACAAAAUUAAGGCUGUAUCGGCUGGUCAAGAUCACAGCAUACUGUUGACAGAAUCCGGGGAAGUGUAUACUUUUGGUUGGGGCGCUGAUGGACAAACGGGAUUGGCGCAUUACCGAAAUGAAUACAAACCGAGCUUAGUGAAAGGAGAUUUAGCUGGACAGUAUAUUACAAAAGUCGCUUGUGUCGCGGAUUGCGUGUUGGCACUCAGCGAUAAAGGAAAAGUAUUUGGCUGGGGUAACUCAGAGUAUGGGCAGUUACUUGCUAACAGCAACAAUCAUCAAGUAAAUAUAGCAACGGAAAUAGGUGCCUUGCAAACAGUAGGCCACAUUACUGACAUCGCCAGUGGUGGUUGUUUUUGUAUGGUUUUGAACAAUACAGGUGACGUUUACGUAUGGGGUUACGGUAUUCUUGGUUUUGGUCCAGAAGUUACAUUUGUUGCAAAGCCAACGCAAAUUCCGUCUAUUCUGUUCGGUAAAAAUGCAUACGAAAGAAAUAUUAAAGUAGUAAAAAUAUUUUGCGGUAUGAGUCACCUGGCAGCCUUAACUAAUACGGGCGAUUUGUAUAUGUGGGGCUGUAAUAAGUUUGGAGCUUUAGGACUAGGAGAUGCUAAAGAUCAAUACUUUCCAUUAAAGGUAAAUGUCGGGGCUCAAGUAAGAAAAGUUGCUUGCGGAAUAGAUCACACAGUCACUCUUUGUAAACCUUUCAUUUAAAAUGUAUUAUAUUUCCUGUUAUAUGUGAUAAUACAUUGUUUAUAAAAAUUA